GUGUUAAAAGACGAUCAUCAUCAUCAACAUCACGACAUUUUCAAAUUGUCGUCUAAAGGCUAAAGGCCAAAACUUUACAGGUGAUUCGAACAGAGAAUUUUCGAAUCCUCUCUCUCCUUCCGACGUUCUUCUUGUUAGCCAAAGAUUCUGUUACAGUGUAGUAAGGUCGUGUGAGAGAAGAGUGUAAUGAGCUGUUUUGGUUGGUGUGGGAGUGAGGAUUUUCGUAACUCUGUUGACGCUGGACCUAGGCCAGCGCACAACCCAGCAGGUUACAAUGGAGGCCACUACAAAAGAGCUGAUCCACCCAUGAACCAGCCAGUAACUCCCAUGCAGCCUAUUUCGGUACCAGCCAUUCCUGGGGAUGAGUUGAGAGAUAUAACCGAUAACUAUGGUUCAAAGGCCUUGAUCGGUGAGGGUUCAUAUGGAAGAGUGUUUUAUGGUGUUCUCAAAAGUGGUGGCGCAGCUGCCAUCAAGAAACUUGACUCUAGUAAGCAGCCAGAUCAAGAAUUUCUUUCCCAGAUAUCAAUGGUUUCGAGAUUGCGACACGACAAUGUUACUGCACUUAUGGGUUAUUGUGUUGAUGGCCCUCUCCGUGUUCUUGCUUAUGAAUUUGCUCCUAACGGAUCUCUUCAUGAUACUCUCCAUGGCCGAAAAGGUGUCAAAGGAGCACUGAGAGGUCCUGUUAUGACGUGGCAACAGAGAGUUAAAAUCGCUGUUGGUGCAGCCAGAGGACUUGAGUACCUCCAUGAGAAGGUGAGCCCUCAGGUUAUCCACCGAGACAUUAAAUCCAGCAACGUACUUCUUUUUGAUGAUGAUGUUGCCAAAAUUGGUGAUUUUGAUCUGUCUGAUCAAGCCCCUGACAUGGCUGCUCGCCUUCACUCAACUCGUGUGCUAGGAACCUUCGGCUAUCACGCUCCAGAAUAUGCAAUGACAGGAACGUUGAGCUCCAAGAGCGAUGUGUACAGUUUUGGUGUUGUUCUGCUGGAGCUCCUUACGGGUCGUAAACCAGUCGAUCAUACCUUACCGCGUGGGCAACAAAGUCUAGUAACAUGGGCAACCCCAAAACUAAGUGAAGAUAAAGUGAAGCAAUGCAUUGAUGCAAGACUACUCGGAGAGUACCCUCCCAAAGCUGUUGCCAAGCUAGCUGCAGUGGCUGCACUCUGUGUGCAAUAUGAGGCAAAUUUUAGACCAAACAUGAGCAUUGUGGUGAAGGCACUUCAACCUCUUUUAAACCCUCCUCGUUCUGCUCCUCAGACUCCACAUAGGAACCCCUAUUGAUCAAAUAUACAAUCCCCAUCUCAUCUUAUUCAUGAUGAUUAAUCAAAGUGUAUUAUACAUUUGUUCUGUAUUUGUGUAAAUUUCUGGGACCUUAUCUCAGUAACUCUUCUGUCAAGUCCCACAUGUGAAGAGCUAUGUAUGUCUCUAUGUCACUAUAGUUUAUGUUUUCUGUGAUUUAGUUUGUGUGGGGAGAACCAAAUUUUGUU